AUGGAGAACAGAAUCAGAGUUCUGAAUCCUGCAGUCAGUGCCUCAACUUGCUGUGAUUCAGAGAGCCCUGCACACCUGGCCCACAUCUGGUCCAUCAAGAUGAGCACUGGAGCCCCUCCCUCACUCCAGCAUCUGGCCAUGCAGAUUCUGCUGAGCGACCAGGCCCUGGCCAUCUCUGCCCUGGAAGAUCUGCCUCUGCUGCUGUUCCCUUCGCUGUUCAUGGAGGUCUACGCUCAGGGCCACACACAGUCGCUGAAGGCCCUGGUGCAGGCCUGGCCCUUCUCCUGCCUCCCCCUGGGGGACCUGGCAGAGUCUACAGACCGGGAAACCUUCAAGGCUGUCCUGGAUGGGCUCGAUCUGCUACUGGCCAAGAAGGAGCGCCCCAGUCGGUGGAAACUGCAAGUCCUCGACCUGCAGAAGGAGCACCCCAACAUCUGGAUACAGGGCUACCUCUCCAUGGCCAGACUAUCUCGUCCGGAUGUCCUGACUGACAAGCCAAGAGAGAGCCACUGCUCAGGGAUGACUGAAGAGCCUCCCUUGACCAUAGCCAUGGACCUGACCAUCAAAGAUGGCGUCCAGGACGCUCUCCAAGCCCACCUGCUCCAGUGGGUCAGGGAGAGGAGAGAACAAGUCCAGCUCUACUCCAGGAAGCUGCAGAUUCUGUCUGACUCCUUCUCUGAAAUCCAGAAGGCUCUGCUUGUGGUGAGGCUGGACUCCAUCCAGGAACUGGUGGUGAGUGAAUUUGGGCAUCCAGGAAUUAUGAAAGAACUUGCUCCUUACUUGGGUCGAAUGAAGAACCUUCACAUCCUCAACUUCUGCAACAUGGGUGGCGACUUCUACAGUCACCCUCACGAGAAUUUAUGGUAUCCCUGGAUGAUAGGGGAGCAUCUAGGGCAGCUGCAGCAUCUUCAGGAGCUUCAUGUGCAUCACAUUGUCUUGCUUAAUGCAAAUAUACCCGCCAUCAUCAGGAGCCUGCCACCUUUGAAGACCUUGUCUCUGAGUUCAUGUCUGCUGAAGGAAGCGGACCUGAGGUUUCUGUCCCAGUGA